AUGCGAGCGUGGGUCCUACUCUCUGCGGUCCUCUGGUACCUCACAGGAGUUGGAUGGCAGCGUUCUUCGGAACGCACUAAGAAAGGCUUCAUUUAUGGCAAGCCAGGACACCUAGUAAAAAUAUAUGUAAAAUUACAUCGCAAUAGCCCAAUCCUUGUCUGUAUGGAUUUUAAACGUGCUGAAAAAGAAACAGUGGACCCUACCUACUUAUGGGUUGGGCCUAAUGAAAAGCCGUUAACAGGAAAUAACCGAAUAAAUAUAACUGAAACAGGAAAGCUGAUGGUGAAAGAUUUUCUGGAGCCUUUGUCUGGACUUUACACAUGUACUCUUUCUUAUAAGACUAUCAAAGCAGAAACCCAAGAAGAAAAGAUAGUAAAGCAGAGAUAUGACUUUAUGAUCUUUGCCUAUCGGGAACCUGAUUAUUCAUAUCAGAUGGCUGUACGUUUUACUACAAAAUCUUGUAUAGGAAGAUAUAAUGACCUGCUUUUUAGAGUGCUGAAGAAAAUCUUGGAUAAUUUAAUCUCUGAUUUGUCAUGCCAUGUCAUAGAACCAUCAUAUAAAUGCCAUUUUGUUAAAAUUCCCAAACAUCGCCUCAUACAUGAGCUAUUUAUAGCUUUUCAAGUUAAUCCUUUUGCACCGGGGUGGAAAGGUGCAUGCAAUGAUUCUGUCGACUGUGAAGAUAUCACUAAUCGUAAUAUCCUCCAGGCAAGAGAUCGGAUAGAAGAAUUUUUCCGGAGCCAAGCAUAUAUUUUCUACCAUGAUUUUAAUAAAACUCUACCAGCUAUGCAUUUUGUGGACCACAGUUUUCAAGUAAUACGUAUGGAUAGCUGUCGUCCAGGCUUUGGAAAAAAUGAAGGUCUACACAGUAAUUGCGCUAGCUGUUGCGUGGUUUGUAGUCCUGGAACUUUUAGUCCUGAUGUUGAUGUUACUUGUCAGACAUGUGUUUCCAUCCAUAUCUACGGAGCCAAAUCUUGCCCAUAA